GCGGCGGGAUCUAGUCGGGAGUGAGCGCGAUCCCCCUGAGUGAUGGCGGCAGUGGUGGGUUACCUCCGAGUGUGGAGCCGGCUCCGCCUGGGAGCCGCUAGGAACCCCGCGGCCUUGGCCCCGGCCUUUAGCCAGGCAUCAGCGCAGCGACGCCACUAUGCAGACAAGCGCAUUAAAGUGGCUAACCCUGUGGUCGAAAUGGAUGGUGAUGAGAUGACCCGCAUCAUCUGGGCUUUUAUCAAAGAAAAGCUCAUCCUUUCUAACGUUGAUGUGGAGAUGAAGUAUUAUGAUUUGGGUUUGCCACAUCGGGAUGCCACUGAUGAUCAAGUUACUAUUGACUCUGCACUCGCAACCCAGAAGUAUCACGUUGCAGUCAAGUGUGCCACUAUCACUCCUGAUGAGGACAGAGUAAUAGAAUUUAAACUGAAGAAAAUGUGGAAGAGUCCGAAUGGUACAAUCAGAAACAUUUUGGGUGGUACUGUCUUCCGUGAGCCUAUUAUCUGCAACAACAUCCCUCGACUUGUUCCUGGUUGGUCUAAACCCAUCACCAUUGGCAGACAUGCACAUGGUGACCAGUAUAAAGCUACAGAUUUUGUGGUGGACAAGCCUGGUCAAUUCAAGUUGGUCUUCACUCCAAAGGAUGCCAGUGCUGCCAAAGAGUGGGAGGUGUAUAACUUUCCUGGAGGUGGUGUUGGAAUGGGCAUGUACAACACUGAUGAGUCCAUCAAUGGUUUUGCACACAGCUGCUUUCAGUAUGCCUUGCAGAAGAAGUGGCCACUCUAUAUGAGCACCAAGAAUACUAUUCUAAAGGCCUAUGAUGGACGCUUCAAAGACAUUUUUGAGGAGGUUUUUCAGCAGAAGUACAAAGGAGACUUUGAGAAGGCUGGUAUAUGGUAUGAGCAUCGUCUUAUUGAUGACAUGGUUGCUCAAGUGCUGAAGUCCUCUGGUGGUUUUGUUUGGGCCUGCAAGAACUAUGAUGGUGAUGUACAGUCUGAUAUUCUGGCUCAAGGAUUUGGCUCUCUUGGCUUAAUGACCUCUGUUUUGGUUUGCCCUGAUGGAAAGACGAUUGAAGCAGAGGCAGCUCAUGGCACAGUCACACGCCACUACAGAGAACACCAGAAGGGCAAUCCUACCAGUACAAACCCCAUUGCGAGCAUUUUUGCUUGGACUCGAGGCCUCGAACACCGUGGAAAGCUGGAUGGCAAUCAAGAACUCAUCAGGUUUUCCCAGACAUUGGAACAGGUGUGUGUUGAAACGGUUGAGAGUGGCAUCAUGACUAAAGAUCUGGCUGGUUGUAUCCAUGGUCUCAGUCAUGUACGAUUGAAUGAGCAUUAUGUCAACACUACUGACUUCCUGGAUGCCAUAAAGAACAAUUUGGAUAAAGCUUUGGGCAAGAAAUAGAUGGUGUAAAAAUUUAUUUUACCUCAUUUUUAACUUAAGACGAAGGUCACAUCAGAAGAAGGAAGAAGCCAGUCAGUUUACUUAUUUUUUUAAGUUUAAAUUUAUUAAGGCUAAGAUUACCCAGCAUGUACUGGGAGGACAUUGUACAGAGAGUUUGGACUGAUGUGGAUUUUGUAUUGUGAAACAUUUCAUUGAAAUCUGUAAUAUAUUUGUCACUAGGAAUGAAGUUGGCAUUAACAAGCAAUAAAAAAAAUCCUUCAAUGUG